UACAAGGGUGUGGAAUCUAGGCCCAAUGAACACUAGAAGGUGUGUAUUAAGCGGCAUAUAAAGGUGACACCCAGCACUUGGUGCACAUUCCGUGCUGGGCACUAAGAGCAGAGCUUGUCAUAAUGGCUGAUAAACCUGAUCUGUCAGAGGUGGAGAAAUUUGAUCAUCAUAAACUCCGCAAAACUAACACAGAGGAAAAGAAUACACUUCCUUCAAAAGAGACUAUUGAACAAGAAAAAGCAGCAUGUAAGAAGACCUAAAAUAAGUUGACUCUUGGCUGCUCAUGGUUUCUUUUCUACUUAUCUGUCUGGCUGUAGAAAAGCUGCUGAGCAACAGAAUGUGUUACUCCUGCCCUCUACAAGGAUUGAUUAUUCAGUAAAGUUCAAAGAUACUUUGUGAUUAAAAUGUUUUAUAUCCAA